UUUGUUCCAUGUGGUUACUCCUACGUUGUGGUCAGUUCAAAUGAUAGAUAUUCCAAGCCAGCCGUUGUAUACAGAGGAGAGAACGCAGUCGAACACUUUUUUGAAAAUAUAUUUACAGAGGAAGAAUACAUAGAUGAUAUAUUGAGGAACAUUUAUGAGGAGUUAAUUAUGAGUGUGGAAACCGAAACGCAAUUUCAAAAUGCUACAAACUGUUAUGUAUGCAAUCAACCAUUUUCAGGCAAAAUAAUCAAAGUUCGUGACCACGACCAUUUAGGUAUAAACGAAGAUAACGAAUCACCAAAGUAUAGCAAUUACAGAGGGGCAGCCUGUCAGAGAUGCAACUUGAUGUUGAAAAAUCCAAAUUUCAUUCCGGUCUAUUUUCAUAAUUUGCGGAACUUUGAUGCACACCUUUUGCUGUCGGAAGCUGGUAAAUUCAAGGACAAAAAAUUAACAUGUAUACCAAACAAUAUGGAGAAAUAUGUGUCCUUUUCUGUUGGACAACUGAGGUUUUUAGACACAUACCAGUGCAUGAGUAGCUCUUUGGAGACGUUAAUUGCUAAUUUAGCGGCAGACGGCUUUAAAAAUUUCAAACAAUUUCGAAAAGCUUUCCCCAAUGACGAACACGCUAAACUUUUGCUACAGAAAAACGAAUACUGUUAUGAUUAUGUGAAUUGUUCUGAAAGAUUUGAAGAGACAGCUCUCCCUUCAAAAGCAGCUUUUUAUAAUUCCUUAACCAAAGAAGCUAUUUCUGAUGAAAAGUAUGAACACGCUCAAAAGGUCUGGAACACGUUCAAUAUGAAAACCUUAGGGGAUUUUCACAAUUUGUAUGUAUUAACAGAUACGCUACUCUUAGCAGAUGUUUUCGAACGAUUCCGUGACAUGACUCUUGAAUAUUACAAGUUGGAUGCUAGUCACUUUUUCACGAGUCCAGGUUUAGCAUGGCAAGCAGCAUUGAAAAUGAGCGGUGUCUGCCUGGAUUUAAUAACUGAUCCCCUCAUGUACAACAUGAUAGAGCUUGGAACACGAGGUGGGGUCAGUAUGGUUACCAAAAAAUACAGUCGAGCUAAUCAUCAAUAUGUUGACGACUUUAAUGAAUCAGAUGUGAAAAAACACAUCAUGUAUCUAGAUGCUAACAAUUUGUACGGUUGGGCAAUGUCUCAACCAUUGCCUUCUGGUUUUUUCCAUUUUUUAAAUGAAGAUGAAAUUAGUCAUUUUGAGUUACAGAAAGUCGAGUCAGACGCAAAAGAAGGCUACAUUUUAGAAGUAGACAUAGAAUAUCCUGAACAUCUCCACAACAAACAUAACGAUUAUCCUCUGGCACCCGAACAUCUACUCAUUGAAGACAAAGAUCUAUCGAAAUACAGUACUGAUUUAUGGGGAAAGUUAAAUUCUGUGAAGAAUGCAAAUGGUGUGGAAAAAGUGAAACCUAGGAUUAAAACCCGAAAAUUAAUUCCAACUCUGAAGAAAAAGACAAACUAUGUGGUGCAUUAUCAAAAUUUACAACUUUAUACAGAACUUGGAAUGAAAAUAACUAAAAUACAUAGAGUAUUAGGAUUUCAACAAAAGGCAUGGCUUAAAACCUACAUAGAAUUCAACACCAACAUGAGAAAACAGGCAAACAACGACUUUGAGAAGGACUUUUUCAAACUGAUGUGUAAUAGGUAUGUUUCUCGUUUUUUUUUUUUUUAUAUAGAUUAGACCGUUGGUUUUCUCGUUUGAAUGGUUUUACACUUUUGGGGCUCUUUAUAGCUUGUUGUUCGGUGUGAGCCAAGGCUCCGUGUUGAAGGCCGUACAUUAGCCUAUUAUGGUUUACUUUUUUUUUUAAAUUGUUAUUUGAAUGGAGAGUUGUCUCAUUGGCUCUCACACCACAUCUUCCUAUAUCUAUGUUAUUUUUAAAUGUGUAAGAUUUUAAAGUGUUGUCAAGAUCUCGAGUUUGCUUGUUGUCUCAUUGUCGCAUUACCCACAUUGAUUUAAUUAUGUUUUGUGGUUUUUGUGUCAGCUUCUAGUACUUAUCUAAAAGUAUUCCUACUUUUUCAGUGUUUUUGGUAAAUGUAUGGAAAAUUUGCGUGCUAGGAUGAAUCUAAGACUAAUCAAUUCAGCCUCGGAAGAAAAACUAAAAAAGUUAGUAGCUCAGCCGUCGUUUCUAUGCUGCCAAAUUUUCAAUGAAGACCUCGUUGGAGUACACAACCAACAGAUCAACCUAACUCUCAAUAAACCCAUCUAUGCCGGACAAGCUAUUUUAGACCUUUCAAAGAGACUGAUGUAUGAAUUCCAUUACAAGGUGAUGAAGCCACAGUACGGUGACAAGAUCAACUUGCUGUUUACAGAUACAGGUAUGAUAUUUUUUUGUUUGUUUGUUUGUUAAAAUAAAAGCCAUUGUUUCUUUAAAUUUCUAAUAUUUCUCAUUGUUUUCUCCUUUGUAUAAGUAGAAUAAAGGAAGAGAUUCCUCUUUGGUAUUGUGCUAACAUUUCUGAAUUCAUUUUAGAUUCGUUGUGUUAUGAGAUUCUGACUGAUGAUGUAUAUGAAGACAUGAAACCUAUCAAAGACCUAUUCGAUACCUCCAACUACGGCUCAUUCAACAAAACGAAACAUCUCUUUUCCAGCAAAUAUAAGAAAGUCGUUGGGAAAUUUAAAGAUGAGCUUGGUGGUGUUCCUUUAAAAGAAUUCGUUGGCUUGAGACCUAAAAUGUACAGCCUUUUGUAUAACCAGACCUCUACAGAAGGUAUCACAUGCGAAAAGGAAAAAAAAGUGGCGAAAGGCAUUUCAAAAACUGAAAUAAAACAGACUCUCCGACAUGAAAUGUAUAAGACAUGUUUGAAUGAAGAAACUACGACCACCAAUUCAAUGACGUGCAUUAGAAGUAAAAAUCAUGAACUUUUCAUGGAUACCGUUGUGAAAAAAGGACUGUGUAGUUUUGAUGAUAAACGUUACUGGAAGAACCCAAUUGAAAGCUAUGCCUAUGGACAUUAUAAGAUAGACACAUAUUAGUGAUAGUAUUUAUUAAAUAUUUAAAAAAAAAACUAACCGUGUCAGUC